CUGACUUUUCUUUGACAAGUAGGCCACGAAAUAAUUUUUCUCCUUUCACUGCAGUUGAACAAAAUUACUGAAACCAAGGACGGCCAGGAUCUACGGAACAUUCUUGAGCAUGCCUCCCAGCGUAUUUUGCAUCCUAAUUUGGCGCCUGACAGUGCAAAUUCUCUAUCCCGACGGAUACAUGGGCUGUUCGCUGCAGGAAGCGCUGCACAAUGAGCAUCUGAUUUGGAGCAAAGGGGAUAGCAUGGAGGUCCAGGUGAAAAUGCUGAUGAGGGACUCCUUCCGGACCACGCUGAUGCUCGUGAUAUUGAUAGAGAUGAUGAACACGUUGGACGCAUUCAUGAAUAUUCCGAUUCCCAGGGUCAGGGUCAUUAGACUUUAGUCUCGGGUCUGAACUCUGUCCCUGUUUAUUGCUCUCCUUCAUCGGUUUAUAUUGCCCCAUCAAAACAACAGAGCUCAAAUAAUUUCGUCUUGGGGUAGGACCGCCAUUGUGCCAACGUUCGUCGACGUUGUUCGUCGUCGCUGCCCAUUUAAUCAGUAAAUUGUAUUUUUAAAAAUGUUAUUAAACAAUAUUUGCCUUAGCAAAA